GAAAUUUCAGGCUAUAACUUCAACUUUCAUUUGCCUGUCAGCUUGAACUUCCAUUCUUGUUAAUAACUUCAACUUUCACUGUUCAUUUUAGUUCUUGUGUUCUUGACAGUCAUUUUGGUAGCUUAAUCUUAUGUAUUCUUAUCCAUGAUCUAAACUAAAUUUUUUUAUAACAUAAAAUAUCUAGUGGUGGAAGGAAAAGAGAUUUGAGUUGGUUGUAUUUUGAUAAAGUAAAAAAUGAUAAGAGGAAAGGCUCUAGGGCUAAAUGCAAAAGAUGUCAUAAAGAAAUGGAAGGCCAAGUUGGAAGAAUGAAAAAACAUCUAGAAACUUGUGGAUCUUUUGCUUCAGACUCUGAUCAUGAUUCUGUUGAUGCUCAAGUAGAAGUUACUACAACAAGUAGUACCACUAUGACAGGAGAAGAUACUGAAAGCAGUCUAUGCCUUCCAGGUCCAUCCAAUUUGAAACGUAAACUUCCCUGUUCUACUCUUCCACUUGUACCGGAGAAAAAGCUGAAAAUUUCAGAUUUGUCUUCUUUUGUAGUGAAAACGUCAUCAAGCCAGAAAGAAGUAAUUGACUGUCAUGUUGCCAAAUACUUUUAUGCUACUAAUACGUCUUUUCGUAGUGUAGAAAAUAAUCAUUUUAAAAAAUUAAUGGAGAUACUUCGUCCUGGAUAUUUUCCACCCAGUAAAUUAGAUUUAAGUGGAAAUUUGCUGAAUAAAGUUUAUGAAUCAGAAAUGGAAAAAUGUCAUGACACUUUAAAGAAUCAAACUUUGUGUAUGUCAUUGGACGGGUGGUCUAAUGUGCAUAAUCAACCUAUUAUUUGUAUUUGUGUAACUACUAUGGAGGGCAUUGUAUACCUAGUGGAUACUAUUGAUACUAGCGGAACACCCCAUACUGGUGAAAAUUUAACAGAUUUAGCAGUUACUGCCAUAAAGAAUAUUCAAGACAAAUUCAACUGCCGUAUUCGCAGUUUUGUUACUGACAAUGCAGCUAAUAUGGCAAGUAUGAGAAAAGCAUUAAAAACGAAAGACUGCAUUGAAGUAGUGUGCUAUGGCUGUUCAGCACAUAUUUUAAGUCUUCUAUCAAAAGAUUUAGAAAUUCAGAGUGUAACAGAACAUGUAGUACAGAUAAAUAAAUAUUUUCGUAAUAAUCAGUUUGCUAGAGCAAAAUUCAAUGAAAGUAAAGGAAACAAAUCUGUUGGCUUAAGUUUACCCUCACAGGUGCGGUGGAACACCAUGUGUGAUUCUUUAGAGAGUUACAUUAAGAACUGGCCGAUUUUAAUGCAGAUUGUAGAUGAAAAUAGAGUUGCAAUUGAUGAAAGUAUAAGAUCAAAGGUCAUGAAUUUGAGUAUUAAAAGAAAUGUGGAAGACUUAUUGCUUCGCUUGAAACCAAUUUCAAUUGCUUUAGACCAAAUACAGAAAGAUAGCUGCAGUAUCGCUGAAGCCGUCGAUAUAUGGAAAAAGUUGGAAACAGACUUAAAGAAAAACAAAGUCCUUGAUAAUUGCAAGAAAUCUGUCAUUAAUAAAUCCUUCAAAAACAGGUAUGACCAAGCUUUGACACCAGUACAUUUCUUAGCUUAUCUUUUGUCCCCAACAUUUCGACCAGAAAACUUAUCUACAGAAGAAAAAAAUAAUGCUAUUCAAUUCAUCAAAGAAAAUUAUGAAGACACAUCUUUAAUAACUAUUCUCCUUAAGUUCAUUGUUCGCGCAGAGCCAUUUAAUGGGCCGUUAUUUGAGGAUAAAGUUGUGAACAAAGUGGAUGCUCUACAUUGGUGGCAGUCUUUGUCAACUUUAAAAGACUGCAUUUCAUCAAAAGAACUAUUAGUUAUAGAACAACUCAUGACUGCAAAGGCAACAUCUGCGGGUGUUGAAAGAAUUUUUUCUACCUUUGGUUUUGUACACAGUAAAUUGAGGAAUCAAUUAGGGGUAGAAAAGGCUGCCAAACUGGCAUUUCUGUUCAAAUCGUUAAAUAAAUAAAUAUUAUUGUUACUUUGUGUGAUUAACAUUUCUGUAAAUCUUUAUUUCUAAUAUUUUUCUUAUCAAAGUUUUAAUCAAUUCUGCCAUGUACUACUAUGCUCUCAGUUAUACACUUGGUAAGUACAUUUUACCUAAUUUAGAUAUUCUUGAUUUGUAAAACAAUGCUAUAUAUCAAUGUUUUAAACAUCAAUGUAGCAAAAUUUAGAGUGAUUUCAGUUAGUUUUUUUUUUUUUAUU